UCAUUUUUCGAUCUUUCAAACGGAGAGCAAGUGACUGUCACCGAAUACCCACCUCGGAACCAAGCACCCACUCUGUCCCUAUGGACUCCGCUAUGGCCCAGGUACAUUUGCCGUUACUGGCAAAGGCACACGAAAUGGCUGCUUCAAGCUGCCUAAGGGUCGAUCCAAUGGAUCUUGUUUCCUAUCCUAUAGGAUCCAGUGUCAAGGCUCCAUACGAUGAUAGUAUCCAGAUUCCAGAUAGACUAAUGUGGAAUCAUGACGAGCAAAAGUGCCAGACAAUUAGCCUGUUGUUCAGUUUUCAGCGUCCGCCACUAUAGACCUCGGUACCAGAUCACAGGCGGCUGGCUACUGACCCGACAGCCGAUAUUCUCUGUCCC